UUCUUAAUAGCAUUUUAAUAUACGUGGAUAUAAAUUAUGAAAUUGUUCCACAAAAAAGAAUUCUGAAGAAGAAUGGUCUAAACGGAACCAAGAAGAAUUUAAUAAUUCAUCAUAUGAUAAUCAUGUGACAACAUCGGAUACUGAUGGAACCAUGCACAAGUGCGACAUUCGACAUUCGACUUUAAAAGAAAAAUAAUAUUAGAUUAAGAUCUCUUUUCAUUAAGAAGGAAAUCAUAUCUGCCAUAGACUUGUCAGAAUGACAAUAAAAUACAUCUAUAAGUGACUUUUAUUGAAUGUUUUACUAAUACAAUAAUUAAAACGUUAAAUAAACUUAUAGAGUAUUUUAGUUAUUGAGCUGUGAUCGAGGAAAGGAACAUAAUUUGUAAAAUUGUUCACAAUGGAAAAUCGAGGCCAUAAAAAGAGACAGAGAAGUGAGAAUUGGUUUAAACAAGACAAGCUGCUAUUGACGGAACUGGUCAAAGUAAGAGUGUCCGAUAUAGAGAAUAAAAACACAGAUACAAAUACUAAUACGAAAAAGCACGCAGCUUGGGUUGACUUGCAAAGCAGUUUCAACAGUAUGUGCGCUGGUGGUAAACGCACCAUAUCACAAUUAAAAUCACAAUGGGGCAUUAUAAAAAUGAACACGAAGAGAAUGAGAAUUGAGGAGAAAAAACUAGCGAUGGCUGGUAGUAGCGACCCAGUGCAAGAGAGCCCUAACAAACUAGACGAUGUUGGCACCUUGCUACCAUUCGACUUUAUGCUAGAAAGAAAUAAAGCUAAUCACGAUCACGAUGAAAAUCAUCAGGUCAAACCUAAAGAAGUAGAGAGAUCAUCAUCAACGGAUUCAAUUAAAUUAGUAAUAAAUGAGGAUGACAUUAUAAUAGAGGACAUUCCAUGUUCGAAACAGACAGAGGACACGAAAGAAGAAGUAUCAAAUAAGGACCAUCAAAAUGACAAUCAGGACAUGUCAUCAUCAUGUUAUAGGAAAAAACAGAAAGCGGCUGGAAACAAGACACCUACCAUAUGCGGCGCUAGUAUAACAGACUUCGAAAUAAAAUGCAGAAAGGAGCUGCACGCCAUACAAAUGGAAAAUGAGAAACGGAAAUCCAGAAACUUGGACCUCGAAGAAGAGUUGUUGAGAAGAAAAAUAGAAUAUUAUGAGAAAAAGAGCAGAUCACUUGUAGAAUGAACUUAUUAUUAUUGUAAUUGCUAUGU